AUGGGAGAGCUUUUUACAUACUUCUCUGAACAUGCAUCAUAUAAGUUAUUCGACAUAACCAAGUUCUUGGAUACGCAACGUUGUCCAACUAAACAUUCAGCAAUUGCCAAUUUCAAGCUUUUCGUAGAGGGUAUCAAAGAUAGCAAAGAUAAGAGAGAAUCAGCAAAAAAGGCUAGAGCCUUUGCUAAUACUAUUAUUAACGAUAACUAUGAGAUCUUAGAACAAAAAGCAUUUAUGGACUAUUGGAAUGCUAAGUCGGUAAAACUCACCAGAUCAAAAUUGAAAGCCGCAGAGAUCCAACAGACAAUGAGACAGGUGAAAAAUUACGCCGAUGUUUUUGCAGCAGAAUCGUCUGAUAGUGAAGAGAGUGAAGGAUCUCAAUAUCGGAGCCGCGAAUCAACACCAUCAUCAAGUAGCUCAGUUGCUGUAGACGAAGCUGAAGCUAAACAGUACCUCAUCCAUGAUGGACAAACUUAUCAGUACAAACUCAAAAAGGAAAACUCUAUCAGAUGGCUGGUGAAUGAUUAUGAUGUCUCUCAAGCAUUCUUUAAUUAUCGGGAUGUUGCUAUUAGUAAAGCUGAAGAUUUGCAAAAUUUGAAUGAUCACGAACAUCUGGCUUUGGAUGGAAUAAUGAUAAUUGACAAUGGAUUUGUAAAUACUGAUAUUGUGGAUUACGAAGAAGUGCAAUCUAUUUUAAAUGAUAUUGACCAAGUUGAUGAAUUUAAAAGUGUUUAUAUGAAGAAAUCUCAGAAUGAGCUAGUCAUUAAGUUUGCAAACGAUUUUGCUACAAGAAAUAUUGAUAUCACUGCAAUUCAGAAAUAUGUCAAAGAGCACGAGAAUGAACAUCCGGACGAUGCUUCUGUUUGUAGAGUUUUAUACGAUAUGACGAAUAUUUAUUGUACAGAUUAUUCUGCCGAUCAAUCAAAUGAAUCAACUCUUGUCCGAAAUACAAUCGACGUCUUUUUUAGAUACUUCUUUCCAAACAGCCCACUGAUUAAGUCAAUUGGUGCUGAUGCCAUGAUUUCUGAUUCUUCCAAGAGAUUUACCAGAUUAGAUCCAUCACUCAAGAACCAUGGUAAAAGAGCUGAUUUCACAGUUGUUUCUAAUAAAUCUGGUCAUAUUCUGUUAUCGUUAGAAGCAAAAUCAAACAAAACCAAGCAUGUAAAUGAAUUAGUAAAGUUAUGUAGGGAGCUGAAAGACUCCAUAAAAGCAAUACAUAAUAAUGGUUAUUCUAAUGUUAUCGUUUCUGGUAUUCUCAUGAAAGGGAAUCGUUGUCAUGUAUAUUGUAUGGAUCAUGUAUUUGAUGGGAUGUACCGUGUUGUACUGCUUAAAACAGUCAAUUUUCCUAGUGAUUGCUACCAAAUGCAUCAGUUAUUACCGAUAUUUCCUUUGUUCCAAAAGUUACAAAUCAUUGUUCAUUCAUCUGCAGUGAAAUUACGAAAUCGUCCUCUACCUGCCACUCGUAUUUUGGACAGUAUUGUCUCAAUGCACACACCAAUUAUUAUAAAGGUCAGUAAACGUAAUCUAGAUAAAAAUGAUCCUGCUGUACAGCAUGCCCGUCGACGAUUAUUCUAA